CAGUGGGCGUUGCAAGAGGUUAUUUAAGAAGCUGGCCAGGCCUCGGCUUGGUCUUCGUGUUGUGGAUCUGGACAGAGGUCACGAGUCUCUCCGUGUCUUUUUACUGAAGGAUUCAGUCAGACUAAGGACCCGAAGUGGACACACACAGCAGCCAUGGCAGACAAAGACAUUAAGAAGUCCAAGAAAAAAAGUGCUACUGUCUGUGGCUACCCAAUAAGCAUCUUUUUCAUUGUGGUCAAUGAGUUCUGCGAGCGUUUCUCCUACUAUGGCAUGCGAGCUGUGCUGGUGCUGUACUUCAAGUACUUCCUGAGGUGGGACGAUGACUUUGCCACCACUAUCUACCAUACCUUUGUGGCUCUCUGCUACCUGACGCCCAUCCUGGGUGCCAUCGUGGCUGAUUCAUGGCUCGGCAAGUUCAAGACUAUUGUUUACCUGUCCAUCGUUUAUACGCUGGGACAGGUUGUCAUGGCAAUAAGUGCUAUCCAUGACAUGACGGAUGGAAACAAGGAUGGCACCCCCGACGACAUGACCAUCCACGUAGCUCUGUCCAUGGUGGGUCUGUUGCUCAUUGCCCUCGGUACAGGAGGCAUCAAACCCUGCGUGGCUGCCUUUGGUGGUGACCAGUUUCAAGACCAUCAGGAGAAGCAGCGAAGCACCUUCUUCUCCAUCUUCUACCUGUCCAUCAAUGCUGGCAGUCUGCUGUCCACUAUCAUCACCCCCAUCCUCAGAGCUCAGGAGUGUGGUAUUCACACCCAGCAGAAGUGCUACUCACUGGCCUUUGGUGUCCCCGCUGCUCUCAUGGUGGUUGCUCUGAUUGUGUUCAUUGUUGGAAGUGGUAUGUACACUAAGACCGCCCCUCAAGGCAACAUCUUGGUGAAAGUCUGCAAAUGCAUCGGGUUUGCUAUCAAGAACCGCUUUAGGCAUCGCAGCUCUGAAUACCCCAAGAGGACCCACUGGAUGGACUGGGCUGAGGAGAAAUACAACAAACUCCUGAUUGCCCAGGUGAAGAUGGUGGUGAGGGUGCUGUUCCUCUACAUCCCUCUGCCCAUGUUCUGGGCUCUCUUUGACCAGCAGGGCUCGAGAUGGACCCUCCAGGCGACCACCAUGGACGGUAAUUUUGGAAUUCUCACAAUCCAGCCUGAUCAGAUGCAGACUGUCAACCCUAUCUUGAUCCUGGUUUUUGUACCAGUAGUGGACAGUGUGAUCUACCCGCUGAUUGCCAAAUGCAAACUGAACUUUACUCCGUUAAAGAGGAUGACUGUGGGGAUGUUCCUCGCUGCUCUCGCGUUCAUCGCUGCUGCCCUGGUCCAGAUACAGAUUGAUAAAACCCUGCCUCAGUUCCCAUCGAGCACUGUAGGCCAAGCGAAGUUCAUCAACAUGAUUAACAGGCCGCUGGACGUCAAAGCUGGAACCAACGAGUUUACACUGCAGCCUUUCAGGGCCAAUGAGGAUUACCUAAACUUUGAUAAUAAAUUUGAACUGACGCUGGGGCCUAAUGCAACUUCCGAAAUCAGUUUAGAGAAUGGCAAUCGUAGUACCGGGGUCAUCGUUGAGAGUGGGUCCUCCUCCCAACCCACGCCUAUAUGGUUCACGGACAUGAAAUCAAAGCCGGAACAGGGCGCUAAUACUAUCAGAUUUUUGAAUGGUUUUGGCUCAGUUUUGAACGUAACAGCGGGUAACCUGGAUUUUGGGGUCAUCGACAAAAACGACAUGUCAAACUAUGUCGCGGUACCACAGGGACUUGCAAAGUUCCAGAUCAAGGAUGAUGCUGGUCAAUGUAACUACGAUUACAACCUGGGCUUUGGCAGCUCUAUCACCUUCAUCAUCCCCACAACCUUCACAUUUGGACCAGAUUGCGGCCUGAGCAUCCAUCCAGUGAUAGACAUCAAGCCUAACACCAUCCACAUGGCCUGGCAGAUUCCUCAGUACUUCCUCAUCACUGCAGGAGAGGUGAUCUUCUCUGUCACCGGCCUGGAGUUCGCCUACUCACAGGCACCCAGCAACAUGAAGUCUGUGCUGCAGGCUGGUUGGCUGUUAACCGUUGCUGUCGGUAACAUCAUUGUGCUCAUUGUCGCCGAGGCAGCGACGCUCUCAGAUCAGUGGGCCGAGUACAUCCUCUUCGCCUCUCUGCUGUUGGUAGUGUGCGUCGUCUUCGCCAUCAUGGCCCAUUUCUACACCUACAUCGACCCGACCAAGAUAGAAGCCCAGUUUGCCGAGAAGGAACCUGAAGACAAGGAGAAGAGGAAGAGUGUGGAGAUGACCAAGAAGGACUCGUUCGAGCACCGCAACGAGGACAGGAGGAGUUCUGACUCCAGCUCUGACGAGGAGGAAACCGCACAGUCCAAGAUCUAA